GGACAGAUCGCCGUAUAGCCGCUGUUCGAUAUGUCUGCCGACGGAUUCUGGUUGUUUGAAGGUCUUGAAGAAGAACCAUACGGUCUUCUUCCAUUAAACAAUUUAUCUGGAAAGGGAGGACCAACAAGUACAAAAUAUGUAGACCGUAUUGGAUCGUAUCAAUGGUAUCUCAAUGAUGAGACAGCAACUAUUCUUGUUCCAGGAGCACCUGUUGAAUCAUUCUAUUGGCCAGGUGGCAAGUUGAUGCAAGAUCAUGGAGUGAUUAUUUAUGACGUCAAUCAUUUGAAAGUACGGGAAGGAUCUUUGGAUGCCAUCAUUAUUGCGGCACGUUUGCUCAGUGAGAAAAAGAAGAAACCAAUCGAUUUCUCUCAAUUCCAUUUUAUCACGGAUGCUAUCAAUUUGCAAAAGAUUUUUGCAUUCUGUAAUGAAGCCGGAGAAGGAUUGUUCCGAAUCGAUUGUGAACGCGUUGGAAAGACUGUUCUGCUCACUAGAAUGGAAGCUUCUGAUUUAAUGGAAAUCGGACAUGUAACUUUUGAUCAAAAUCUGAAACAUCGAAUGACUCGCCCCCGUGGUGCUCAUUCAACGGGUCCAUUCUUCCAACUUGUUUCAUAUCAAUAUGGGCAAUUCCGAAUUCUUGUUAGAUAUGAAGUUGACUGUGCUGAUUAUGCAGCUGUCAAAGCCACUCCAGUCCCAGUAGAUAAAUCUGAAGUUCUGCCAGAGAAAAAGAAAAGUGAUAUGAACCCGGAUAUUGAAGUAGUGAAUUAUGGAGAAGUACCACAUGAUGUUCCACUUCAAGUACUCACAACAUACCCACAAGGAGCUGGAUUCCCAUUUUUCACGUGGGCUCAGUUGUUCUUCACUAAUGCUAACCAUGAGCUUCUUGGUUGGUUCAAAGGAAACGGAGAUUUCGGAAAGCCAGCUAUUUACACUUUGCAAGAUGUCUCUAAAAUGAUGAAGCCCCUUCCGUUGGUCUCUUUGUGCAAAGUUCACGACUGUCUUGACAAAGUUUACAAAUUCUUGACUAAGAACGAUGACAAUUUCCGAUGUGGACUUGUGUGGAAAGGAAAAGCUCAUCUGGAAAUCUUCGCGAAACACGAAGAAGCAACUGGUGGAAUCAGUAAGGGAGUCCGUGAUUUCUUGGCUACACAAUGCAAAGAUGAUGAGCCAGAAGAGCAAAAGUGAUUGAUGAAUGACCGUUUCCAAUUUAAUUUCCUUUUUGUAUAAUGUGUUCUAACAAAUAAAUAAUUGUGUUUUGG